CCCUAAGUGAAAUCUUUGGCUUGCUUAGAAUACAGCGUAGUCUAUCUUUGCCGAUAAAAGAAAGUGGCUGUAGGUCCAAGCAGGUGCCGCCAAAUUUCAUGACGUCAUGGAUACCUGUUGACUGGUCGUUCUACAGCACUGUCGCGGUGCGGUUCACAAUCGUCGGGUCGAAAUCGACUACACGGAACACAUUCCCCCGGAUCCUUCACAGCGCCGUGCUCCAGGUCUGAGCGCUUCGAGGCGCUGCCACCAUCAACCUGGAAGCGCGGGCGAGGUCCGACAGAAACUCGAUCACGUGACUACUGCAAUUGCUCUAGGAAGGAACUAUCCCGUUCGGCUGGGGCCGCCUUUCCCUGGCUCUGCUGAACUCGACAAGGCUCCGCGUCGCUGCAAACGGAGUUGGAGUGAGCCGAGCAUUAAUCUGUUCGGAAACCGGUCAUGCUUCAGUCGUUCAACGACGAAAUUCCCACCCGUGUGCAGGCGUAGAACCAUGCGCGGUUUCGGCUGGAUGUAGCCAGGAAGGUCAUUCACGGUACUCAGGCCUCCAUUUGUGCCGCAGACUGCAAGCCUGUUCACCAGUGUUCGCCGCAAAAGGAUGCAUGCUGAGAGGGUACACCGUCACCUCUUGAAACGUUCCCCAGCCUUGGGCGUGUUGUUCCGUCUAGAAUUGCGGUGUUAGUGCUAUCGAAUGCAAUGACUCCCGCUCCCACUGGCGUCGGCGACAGCUGCGCGGGCGCCCCGUGGAACGCGUCUUCUCGCGUAGCGGCCGUGGUCAACGAUGCCGCCGCGUCGUCGUCCAUGUCUUCGUCGCCAUCGGCAUUCCCCAGGGCCCCGUUCAACGCGACCGCCGGCAACGCAGACCACCAGGACCCGCUUCUGGUCUACCCGGGCGUCCCUUACCCAGACCUCACGCAGCUACCGGGAGUGUGCAGCGCUUUCGUCCUCCUUUAUCUAAUCGUGAUGGUGCUAUCGCUGGUCGGCAACGCGAUGGUGUGCUACACGGUGCUCUCGGACCGCAAGAUGCACACGGCCGUCAACUACUACAUGGUGAACCUCGCGGCCUGUGACUUGGCCGUCGGCGCGUUUGUGCUUCCGGUCAAGCUGAUGGAACUGGCCGGUCCGGCCUCGUGGUCGCUGAUGACCGACUGGCUGUGCACGGCCCUGCUCUACUCGCAAACUGUCGUAGUGUUCGCCUCCGUGUUGACGCUCGUCGCCACCUGCCUGGAGAGGUAUCUUGCCAUCGUGUACCCUCUCGUAUCUCGAGCCCAGCAAAGCAAGGCCCGUGCGAAGCGCAUCCUGCUGGGAGUCUGGGCGGCCCCGUGCCUGCUUGCGUCACCGUUCCUGCAGCCCGCGAGAGCGGAGUCUGACACUCUGUGGUCACAGUACGGCAGCAUCUCGAGACGAAGCUGCCUCAUCACACUCGAUCCAAGCUUUAGGAGGGGCUACUACACGAGCCUGUUCGUGCUGAUGUACCUGCUACCCCUGGCGUUCAUCGGCUGGACGUGCGCUCGCAUCGCCCGCUGUCUGCUCAAAGGCAUUGCUCUCACCAGGCAAGGGAGCCUGCGCCGACAGGAGGCCAAUCGCAGAAAGGUCGCCAAAAUGGUCAUGGUCGUGGCCGCUGCGUUCGCCCUGUCCUGGACACCGUACUUCCUGGUGUCCAUGUGGACCCAGUUUGGCACCAACUACCUGGAGAAGCAGAACUAUUUCUUCACUAUGCUCAGCAUAAACCUGCUUGCGUUCAUCAACUCUUGCGUGAACCCGUUCAUCUACGCGGCCAUGAGCAGGCGCUUCCGUGGCGGCUUCCGGAGGAUCUUGUUUCCCAUUUCCUGCGCUGGAAGCUGCCAGUCCGGAACCAGGUGGCCGCCAACCGCAAGGCCUGUGGUUCCCGCCUGUUCAUCGUCGUUCCGGCUUCGCCUCCAUCGGCUGGUGAACGGCACCAGCCUGCUGUCGACUGCGUCCAGUGGGUCGCAGAGCGACAGCCUACCCCACUCGGUACUCCCGGGGACUCACCCGCAGCAUCGAGUGGCGGCGGCGGCGUUGAAGAACAUGAAGCAGGCUAGACUGGCCACCAGAAGCGGCCACACGGGAGGUGCGGCCGCGACCCUGGAAACCGUACCUUUCUCGCUCGAGAGCGCCGUCGCCUCCAAGGAGGCCAUGGACGACACCAUCACCGAGCAGCAUCGCCGGGCCCUCAGCGACUCGGUGCUGACUCGCCACAACGGCUGCUGCUGCGAGAACGGAAGCCUGCCCUCCGUUGCCAAGAAGCUGCCGGAGGUCGUCGACCCAGGAGCGAUGUCCAAGCGACGAGGCACCACCCAAUGACGCCCAGAUUUCAGCUAGCGGCAUUGAGAUAUCUAUUCACCAGUCGCUGAGAAAGUGUUGCUCGAAGGCGUCCCUGGGGAGAUCUGCCGAGUGGGGCACUGAAGAGUGGACCUGACUGCCGAGCUUGUGGUUUCGACAUACAAGUCUUCGAGUCUCCUUGCAUGCGUGAGAACAGUGUAAAAAGACAAUUACAGUAGCAUAUUGGUAAGCCGGUAUGCACUACUGAAGAAAGGUGAAGUGUUCAGGGUGUGGUAAAGGUGUUUAAACCGUUAUCGCCUCAGAUGUUAAAUGGUCUAUGUGAGCUCACAAAAUCUUCUCAGUAGUAUUGAUGUCUAAGCAGAUCUAUUCACGAGUGACUAGGUAUUAUUGGGUCUGGCAUGGUCCUACCUCUGCUCAGGAUACUUGACUGAAGGGAAGUCGAAAACAGAAAAAAACAUAUGGGUAAAAAAAACGGCCUGCGGCCCACACAGCGGCAACAAACCCAUAUCGCUACACCUGUAAGGUUACUGGCAGCUCACAUACAUGACACCGUGUUUUUCUGAGAACUAUAUGCGGUGAACAGCGAAAUGGCACGGCACUGCUCAGUCACUAACUGGCAGCAAUAUUUCCGCAUGGUAAGGCCAUCGGGAGCCUGUGACGACGAUGUUCUCAAAUAAAUGUGUUGACAAGCAAUGACAUAACUAGGGGAACUAAGUCUGAGUUUAAGACAACAGUGCAUGUACACUGGCAGCAUAGGUUGAAUGUGCAAAAGUUAUGCCCCUUCAAUCUGUGGCCAUAAGCCGGCUGGUACGUGAGUUUAUAUGUGUCCUGCGCAUCGCAAAGGCACGUAUACAAAUAGAACGUUUCCAAUGAGAAAUGCAGGCGUUUGCCGGCUCGCAUAUGUUAACUGCCCUGCUGCUCUCCACAGGGAUGUUAAAGUGGAUGAAAAGCUUAUAGAGAAGAGCAAUUAGAAUAUUUUGCUAAUUAUCUGGCGCGUAUAGCAGUGAUCUGAGGAUAGAGAUGGAACUGUUGUGCAGGUUGAACUUUUCUUCAAGGUUGUAAUUGAAAGUCGGUGCUCGAUUGAAAAGGAAAUCUACCUACGAUGGAAAUAUGAUUGCAAGUGGCCGGAGCUUGUUUCAAGCUUCUGUGAAAAAGGGACAGAUGGAUUGCUUCAAAAGCGACAGAGUCUAGAAGAAAAGAAAGAAGCUUGUUCAGAGGUUAAUAUUUGGGGGCGUGCUACCCUGCACGAGAACGCGCAAAGAGUUCAGCAAGUAGGGAAGAAAAGACCAACAUCGUGCUCUAUGUAAGCACAUUCAGCCGUAACAGAAAGUAUAGCAUCUAAGGAACAAUUCUUUCUUCAUCAUAGGGCACAGGAAGAGCGUCAAAGAGCUGACACUCGAAAUGGUCGCGAGCGAAAUUCCAGUUGCGUAUUGUAGAAUGUAGAAUAUACAAGGAUAAUGGUGCUGAGUAAUGUACACUAUUAGGGGGCGAAAUAAAGUCUGUGCUUUUUUUUAUAAAAAACACCAACCUCUCAAGUAUACAAUCUAGUUUUCAGAAAGCGGUUUCUUACUAACCUUUUGAGGAAGAGGAAUGGUUUGAUGUGCACAGUUAUAGCCAGGGCAAAAAAAGUAAGCCUUAGUAACUGAGCAGUGUCUGUUAAAAAGUCUUCUAAAACAUCCAGAAGUUUAAGGCCGAAUGUGAAUAUGUAAAAUUCAUUACGUUCGAAGUGUUGUGCAUCUAGUUUGUUCACUAAAAAUGAACUAAAAAUGAUUCCGUCCUAGUGAUGUGAUCAGAUGAUAUAGCCUUACAAAGCAAUUGCAGGAAAUAACCUUUAAAAAACGCGAACGCCAUUGUCUAUUGGACACUGGUUCUUUUGGCGCUAGAAGCUGUCGCACCAGCUGGCAGAUCAAUGUUGUGAACCAUUUCAACAUUACUGUAUAAGGCGUCUGUACAGCGCAUCACCUUAAGCCCCAUCAAAAACAAUGUGGUAUGUAUGAUGUAUUUCGCACAUGCACGAUGCGAAUGUGCAUGUGUAUCGUGCAUGUGGUACAAAAACAGUGUGGUAGAAAACCAAAAAGUUCGGCCUGCAAGCACCGGUCAAGGCCACGUUUACGAAGCAUCUUAGUGGGGAAGGUGGCUAGAAGCACUGCGGCCCUAUGAAUUUAAGGUGCUCAAUGACAUUGUAUUGAAUAUAGUUAAUAUUGUGUGCCUGAAUGUAUACGCCUCUGUUCUAUUUCUUGAUGACAGUGGUCGGGAAAUUAGCCAAGUGACCAUCUUUGUGAGCCAUCAUACACUUCAUUAUACGUGUUUAUGAUAUAUUCCACUCAUUUAGCCCUUUCUGCGCGGCUUUGAUUAUGCCUAAAUGAUGUGUGCAUCAAGGCGGGGACAUCACAAAAGACGAAGCUACUAUUGGUGAUUACUUCCUGCGAGCGAUGGGCUGUACCAUGCUUAACAAAAGAGUGUAGCUCUACUUUUGCAUUAUGUUUCCUCACUAUUCCUAUGGACUACGUCUUUUAUAACAUUAGACAUGCUGAAGUGUGGCUACCACUUAAUAUAGGAGGACUAGAAAUUUGGGUUAAUUUUCUACAAGAUGCGAGGCCCGCAAGGCAAGUUACCAGCAUGCGCUUUCUUCUUACGCAGCAACUCUGUGCCUGUUCUUACAAAGUCAGCAUGAAGAUCACUGCACGUAAAGGACUGUGUAAGAGAAUUACCUUUAGCUUGUUGAGUGGUAUAAUAAGCUCAGUGCUGUUGAAGGUAGGCCGUAAAUUAGAAAGGGUUCUUCUACGUCUUAGGCAAGUCACUUGCCAUGGAAAGCAUAAUGCGAAUCCCACAGAGAAUUUUACAAGGACACAUGAAAGGUUCUUGAAAAUUUUGAUCUUCUUCAGGAAGUUGACCGAUGAGAAGGUUGAUGAUGCCGUAUGUGGAGUGGAUUUACCGGCUAGAUGGUUGGUCAACUAAACAGCAAAGUGCAUGUGUUGUUGUGUCCUUACGUUAACCCCAAAAGAUGUUUCACUACAUGAAAGGCAACACACAAUUUUUGUUCAAAGCCCUUGAUUUUCUUGUGUCCCACUGGGCUGAAAGAAGUGUUACGAGAGGGUCUUUUAUUGACAAGAACAGGUAUGUACCAGACAAGAAAGUAGCAGAAAUGUAGAACGGUGUUUACUUGUCUGCAGCAAGCUUUAUUUGAGAAGCGGUCAAAUGUUUUGCCUUCUGUUGAGCGCAAUGUACUCAAGUGAUUGGCCACUGAUGUGUGGGGUUCGGUGAAGUGAAAUGUAUACACCCAAAAUAUCUACACACUGUUUUAUCCGACAUUUCUGUCAGAUCAUUAUACGUAACUGUAUGAGAAGCUCUAUAAUAUAAAUUAGGCUACACAGGCAGGCAGGAAAUGAACUUUAUUUUAGCCCGCACGAUCACAAAACAAAUGCUGAUUUGUCAAGUUCAGAUAUUAAUAAGUUAGUAUGCCUAAAAGAAAUAGGAAACCAGGUUUAUAGAGAGAACUCGAUGAAGAUCAUUGGUAACUUGAAUUUUAACAUGACAAAGUCAGUAACCAGCAUUGUUAGCUGCAUGUUUUCCAAGUGCACUGCUUUGUGAACAAGCAAGACCAGCUGGAGAAGCCCGUGCAUAAGACUGUUCAACAAUGAAGUAAACGAGCAGGAAAACCUAGAGAUAUUAUUCAGGUAUAAUGUCGAACACACAUUGUAAACAGUAUAAAUUGUUAACGAAGGUGUACAAAGCAUGUUAGCACUCUUCUGUGCACAGCUAAGCAUUGUUAUAGGAAGAGUCAUCCUGUCUACAGUGGUUUUAGAAAUGUUCCAUAUGGCUCUGAAGUGCUAACCACAUGGGAGCUACGUGCCACUAGUUUCAGCGUGUCGUCGCUGAGCGUCAGACAGUACACUUUAUGCGGAAUAAUACGAAGUCUAUAACUGUAUCGUUAAGCUGUAAACCACAGUGUACUUGCGUUGAUUGCAACAGAUUUGAGAUUCAAUCCUGGAUUAUCCCGGAGCGUAAGACAUACGCCCCGACCAAAGAAUGAAGCGCCCAAGUUGAAUCGGCAACAUUCCAUGUGGUUGAAAAUCUUCAGACAACAUUCUUCGUAGAACCGACACCGUGUGAUACAGAAAGAGCUAAUAUAUAAAUUGGAAUCGCGCAUUAAUGUUUAAAUGCUUAUAUUUCACUUGCUAUAAACAAGACUUUGCUGCACUGCAGGUAUUAGUCAUCUUUAGUAGGAAACUGUGGGAACUAGAGGUACAAAAAACGAGCCUGCUCUCCGACAUGCUUGCCGCUGGCGUUCUUUCUUCGUGGCAUUGUGGCCGUUUAGUCACUCUUGAUUAACCCGCAGUCCCCACAUAGGGUGUGCCUACAGAUCAGGACUUGGAGAAAAAAAAAUUGUGCUGUUGCUCUAAACAGGCGCGCAGGAAUAAACUGAACUGGUUUUUAAACGCAACAUUACCACAAAGUAAAACAAAACCUUAUGUUCAAACAAAUGAUUCCCAGUGUGACUCUGCGUAAAUAUUUCCAUACCUCAUGCUAAAGUGUCUUUUAUUGUUAAGGUAUAGCGUAUUUUCCGUAAUUCAAUGUCACGUAUCUUCAUAUGUGCUCGUUAAAGCAUGUGAAAAUGGUUCUGUAUAAACUUUUUAUGCUGUUGUUUCAGAGAUUUCAGAGAUUUCACAGCUGUCAGAGAUUAUUUUCUGUGGAGCUAAUAAAACGUGCUGUUUUAUAAAAAA